AUGCACUUUGUUAUAUACUUACUUGUUACAGGUUUUCAUGUCCGUCCUUUUCUUGUUUCUGAUCUUCAUUCAUUCUUUUUCCUCUUUAUAAUUUUUUUCUUCACUCUUUUUCUGUUUUCAGUUUUUCUCUUUUUUUUGUUUUUUGUCUUCAUUCAUUCGUUUUCUUCUUUCCAUUUUCACUUUACUUUCUUUCUUUUCUUUAAACUUUUUUCUUCUAUUUUGCUUUCAUUCAUUCUUUUUCAAUCUUUUUCAUUUUUUUUUCACCCUUAUUUUUCAAUAUUUACUUUUUCUUUCUUUCUUUAUCCUUUCUUUCUGCUUUUCCUUUUUUUACUUUCAUUCUUUUUUUUUUUUUUUUUUUUUUAUUUUUUUUCAUUUUCUUCUUUUUUUUUCUGCAAAUUUUUUGGGUGGGGCAGUUUCAUUCUUUUUCUUUUUUUUAAUUUUUAUUUAUAUUUUCUUCUGUCUUUUAAGUUUUUCUUUUUUGCUUUCAUUCAUUUUUUUCAAUUUUUUUUUUUUUUUUUUUUUCCCUUUUUUUCAAUCUUUCUUUCCUUUUUUGUCUGUCUUUUCCUUUAUUUGUGUGUCUUUUCCCUUUUUUUGUGUGUCUUUUCUUUUUAUUUGUGUCUUUUUCCUUUUUUUGUCUUUUCCUUUAUUUGUGUGUCUUUUCCCUUUAUUUGUGUGUCUUUUCCCUUUAUUUGUGUCUUUUUUUAUUUGUGUUUCUUUUCCUUUAUUUGUGUGUCUUUUCCUUUAUUUGUUGUCUUUUUUCCAUUUAUUUUUCAUUCAUGUUUUCAAGUUCUUUUUUUUUUUUUUUUUUUAAAUUUUUUUCCUUCUUUUUCUUUUUUUUCCUUUCUUUCAAGCCUUUUCAAAUUUCCCAUUUAUUUCAAAUUUUCUUCCAAAUCCCAGGUUUUCUUUUUUCCCCAUCCUUUUUCAUCCUUUCUCUUUUCUUUUUUUCUCUCUCUUUUUUUUUAUACUAUCUAUUUAUAUAUCUAUCUCUAUUUUUAUUAG